CGGUGCAUUGAGAUCACUUUCUUCUCUCUCCCUCUCUCUCUGCAAAAUUCCUCUUCCAACCCAGAUUUACUGCUGCUGAUCGCCCAAAAUGCACUCAAAUCAUUUGCUUCUUGAAGAACCUAUCAGGAUGGCCUCCAUCCUCGAGCCAUCUAAAGCUAGUUUUUUUCCUGCGAUGACCAAAAUCGUCGGAACUUUAGGACCUCGUUCUCGAUCCGUGGAUGUCAUCUCCGGUUGCCUCAAAGCUGGCAUGUCUGUUGCUAGAUUUGAUUUCUCAUGGGGAAACUCUGAGUAUCAUCAAGAGACUUUGGAAAAUCUGAAGGCUGCUGUGAAGAGCACUAAGAAGCUCUGUGCUGUAAUGCUCGACACCGUUGGUGCUGAGAUGCAGGUAGUCAAUAAAAGUGAGAAGGCCAUUUCGCUUCAACAGGACGAUGUUGUUAUUCUGACCCCUGAUGAAAAUCAGGAGGCUUCUUCUCAAUUACUGCCAAUCAACUUCCCCGGAUUAGCCAAGGCUGUGAAAGCAGGAGACACCAUUUUUGUUGGUCAAUACUUGUUCACAGGAAGUGAAACAACCUCUGUUUGGCUGGAGGUCGAUAAAGUCGAAGGGGCUGAUGUUAUCUGCAAGAUAAAGAAUUCUGCAACUCUGGCUGGGGCAUUGUUCACUUUGCAUGCCUCUCAAAUUCAUAUUGAUCUGCCUACUCUGACCGAUAAGGAUAAAGAGAACAUCAGUACAUGGGGAGUUCCAAACAAAAUUGAUUUUCUCUCAUUAUCAUACACACGACAUGCGCAAGACGUUCGUGAAGCACGUGAAUUUCUUUCUAAGCAUGGUGAUCUUAGUCAAACCCAAAUAUUUGCAAAAAUUGAAAACAUAGAGGGUUUGACUCACUUUGAUGAAAUCCUGCAAGAGGCAGAUGGUAUUAUCCUUUCCCGUGGAAAUCUUGGCAUUGAUCUUCCACCAGAAAAAGUGUUUUUAUUCCAGAAAGCUGCUCUUUACAAGUGUAAUAUGGCUGGUAAACCAGCCGUGGUUACACGUGUUGUAGAUAGCAUGACCGACAAUUUAAGACCAACUCGUGCAGAAGCAACUGAUGUUGCUAAUGCUGUGUUAGAUGGAAGUGAUGCAAUUCUUCUUGGUGCCGAGACCCUGCGUGGAUUAUACCCUGUUGAAACAAUAUCCAUUGUUGGUAAAAUUUGUGCUGAGGCAGAGAAGGUUUUUAAUCAAGAUCUGUACUUCAAGAAGACUGUCAAAUAUGUUGGAGAACCAAUGAGUCACUUGGAAUCAAUUGCUUCUUCUGCGGUACGUGCUGCUAUUAAGGUGAAGGCAUCUGUUAUUAUUUGCUUCACGUCUUCUGGAAGGGCUGCAAGAUUGAUUGCCAAGUAUAGGCCAACGAUGCCAGUUAUAUCAGUUGUGAUUCCCAGGCUAAAGACUAAUCAAUUGCGGUGGAGUUUCAGUGGCGCAUUUGAGGCAAGGCAAUCACUCAUCGUCAGAGGUCUUUUCCCCAUGCUUGCUGAUCCUCGACAUCCUGCGGAAUCCACUAGUGCAACAAAUGAGUCGGUCCUAAAAGUCGCACUUGACCAUGGAAAGACCUCCGGAGUGAUCAAGUCACAUGAUCGAGUCGUGGUUUGUCAAAAAGUCGGAGAUGCUUCCGUUGUUAAAAUUAUCGAGCUUGAAGACUAGAGAGCAGGUGCAGGUAACAGCUUCCUGCCACGUUUUUAAUCCUUUUUUUGUCCUAAUUUUUGGAAGUAGGCGUUGGGUAUAUCGCCCCCAAAUGCAAGGUCUAUCAAAAGUCCGAGUGUUUGGAAACUUCAUGUUUUAUGCAUAAUAUGCGACUGUAAAACAGGGCAAAAUGUUGGUUCUUAGGAGAUUAUCGCAAUCCGAAAAUCCAUCUUCUUGUAUAAAUGCUCCUCAUUAUUUGUUUUGGGGUCCGCAUAUAAUUAAUAAAAAACGGUUUUUCGUUCU